CACCGCACCGCACCGCACAAUCCAUUCCCUCCUACCUCGCGCCCCACCCCCACCGCCGCGCCGCGCGGCCCAAACCCUAGAACUCCAUCCACGCGCGCGGUCGAGCCGCAGCCUCCCAUCCCAUCCCUCCAUCCCUCCCGGUGUCGAUUGAUUCUCCCUGCCACUCCUCUCCAAUCCAUCCAUCCAUCCAUCCUCCUCCUCCUCCUCGGCUUCCUUUCCGCGAGAUUUUUCUAUCUGGGGGAAUUUGUUUUUUCUGUGGUGCCGUUUUUUUGUUGUUGUUUGUUUCAGGAGCGCGUGGCGGCGGAGGGGGUUCGCGGCGGCUGGUAAGAGGAAAUCAUCUCUUGCUCCUCCUCCCAUAGUGCGUGAGGGUUUUAGCGUCUCCGUGAAGGGUGGGUGGCACUCCGUCCCCUGACGCUUGGUCUCUCUGCGCCGGGUUGUCUGCUACAAUGUCAUCAUACCCUGUGCUAAACAACCGUCCUAUUGAUCAAUGGAGAGUUACUGAUCUGAAGGACGAACUCCGUAAGAGGAGGCUCCCUGUUAAAGGAUUAAAAGAUGAACUUGUGAGGCGACUCUUUGAUUCAAUUCAGAGCGAAAAGGCAGUUGAAGAAGCCAAUGAACAUGUCGAAGUGAAUCCAGCAGCUAACGAGGCACCUGAAAUACAGAAUGUUCGUCAAGAAGUUCACAAGGAAACUGUGGUUCAAGUAACCGAGGAAGCUGCACCUCCUAUAACAGACAUUAGUCAGCCACUCACAGUUUCAGCUGUCGAAGACCCCCCUGAGGUUAAUGUGGUGGCAACCUAUGAAGCUCCUGUAAGUGAGGCCCCAACAACCAAACCAGAAGAGCCGCAAUCAAUUGCAGGAGAUUUUUCCACAGUGCAAAAGGAGCAUCUUCAUUCUGAAAGUAAUGCUGAACCUUUUGUUGAGGCACCACAAGAUGAUGGCACCAACAAAACAAUUGAUGCCCAUGAUAUGACCAGUGCUGAUGUAGAGUCAGACAUGACCUCGUCUGAUGUCAAGACAGAUGCUACUGAAGCCGGCAAAGUUCAACAUCAAACAGUAUCAGCAACUGUGGAUGCCAUCCCAACAGAUGCUGAUCCUAUGGAUACUGAUGCUGCAACGGAGAAGAUGGUUCUGAAUGAUUUAAGUGAAAAUACUUCAAUGUAUGAUGAAGAGCGCAAAGAUUCUGAGCUCACAAAUGAGGACGGCAAGCCCAUCACACCAAAACCAAAUGAUCAGGUACCUGAGGUUAGCCCAGAUUUAGGGUCUCCAAUUAAGUGUGAGUCAAUUUCUAGCGAUGAUAUAUCAACUAAUAAACAGAAUAAUAUAAAGGAUAAUUUGAAUGCUAAUAAUUUUGAUUUAGAACUAGAGGCUAAGCCAGAGAUGGUAAAACCAUCUUCUGGCAUUACUUCCAUAGGUGGAGAUUUGCAGCCAUUGGAUGAUGACAAAGAGCUGGAUAAAAACCAGUCAUCUUUGGAAUACAUAGAUUCCACGGCUAAUGUGGAUGAAGGCGGCUCUCCAGAGAAACUAAAUUUAGACAGGAGUUCAGGUGAUGAGUCAAUGGAGGAGGAUGUCAUGGAGGUUAAGCAAGUUGAAUCCAACAUUAAAUCUGAAGGAAACACUGAGCUUAGCUCAGAUCAUGUGAAGGAGGUGUCCCUCCCUGAUUCUGUUGUGGACGGUUCCUCUGUUGAUACAAAAGAAGUUAUAGCUGAAGAAAAGACAGCAGCUUCAACUGAAAAGAGGAAACUCGAAGCUGAAGAAACUAUUGCACCUGCUGAACCAAUCAAACGCCAGCGUCGGUGGACGGCAGAUGGUGCCAAAGUUCCAGAGAGACAGCCAUUAAGUCACAGUGGUUCUGAUGCCCCUAAGGAAAAUUUUCAACCUGCAUUAAGACGAUCUUUUGGCAGGUCUGAUUCAACAGCUAGUGAAGAUUCCCCAAAGGAGCGUGUUGUACCACCCCCUCAGAAUCCUGCAACAACUUCCUUAAGGAUCGAUCGAUUUGUAAGACCAUUUACCCUGAAGGCUGUGCAAGAACUUCUUGGUAAAACUGGUUCUGUUUGUAGUUUCUGGAUGGAUCAUAUCAAGACCCACUGCUAUGUUACGUAUUCAUCAUUGGAGGAAGCUGUGGCUACUCGGGAUGCUGUCUACAAUUUGCAGUGGCCCCCAAACAAUGGGAAUCGUUUGGUUGCUGAAUUUGUUGACCCCCAGGAAGUUAAGCUCAAGCUUGAGCCUCCUCCCCCAGCGGCGACUCCAACUAGCCCUGCUACACCCUUUCAACAGGCUCAGACUAAUCAAAACGUGCCUCGUCAAGCUGCUGCACCAAGGGAGAACUUGCCACCUCCACCGCCCCUUACUAAGCCUCCUACCACUGACCCAGGAUCAACAAGGGAGAGGCUUCCACCCACCCCUAAGAAGCAGCCAGAACCUCCUGUUGUGACACUUGAUGAUCUCUUCAGGAAGACACAGUCUUCUCCAAGGAUUUAUUACCUGCCUUUAUCAGAAGAGGAGGUGGCAGCCAAGCUUGCCUCACAGGGCAAAGGCAAGAGAGAAUGAGGGGGCUGUAGCCUCUUUUCUUUUCGCCGCCCCCAUACAGGGAUGUGUCGCGGAAUAUAUGGUAUACCGUGGCUCGACGGCUGGCUGCUGCAGUUCAUUCGAAAUAACAGGGGUGGCGACUGCUGUUAGGUAUUUUGCUGCAGGAGAGUAGGUGUAGGUCUGUCAUGUUAAAAAGGCUAGUGUAGAAGCAGCAAAUGUAUUUUCUACAGAAGAAUGUCUUUUGUUCUAUCACCAUUUAGUGUGUUCAGUCUUAACUCGAGUUACUUGGAUGUUGGAACGUCUUGAGUGUCUGACGUCUCUGAGAUUGUGGUUUAUUUAAUCAAUCGAGUAUGUUUGCGACUUGAGACGCCUGUUUAAUUUAAUUGCUAGGGUGGUUAGUGUA